CUAGCCUUAUUUUAUAAAUAAUAUUUUCUACAUCUUGCUCGGAGGCAGAUGGGAAGGUUCAAGGAAACACCCUCUUGGAAAGAGGAAAAGCCCUCCGGUCUGGAUUUGCACAUGGGUGCCUUUGCUGGAGUCCCCGAUAAUUAGCACUGCCAUGAGGAAAUAAACAGAUGGCGAAUGGUCCUAGAGAAGCAGCAUUUAGAAAACAGUGGACCCUUGGCCAAUUGCUCAUGAUUUGGAGAAAUAAGUGGAACUCUACCCAGGGGACCCUAAAUGUAAAACUGCAAUCUGAUAAAUUACAAAACAGCUGUGGGCGCGGGGAUGGGGAAGGAGGGAUGCAGCUGGUAUGUCCCAGCGACUAUUCGCCACCUGCGGAGAAAAAGGGAAUAAAGGUACCCACUGGGACCAGUCCGCAGCCGCGCCCGGCGCAGCGCACGCCUUUUGUAAGCGCCCGAGGCCCCGCCCCCACCAGGGCCCGCCCCUCCCCGGCUCGGGUUCGGGCUCCCCCGGCGGGGGGGCGGAGAGAAGCCGCAGCUGCAACUUCGCCUGGAGUCUCUGAGGCUGGGCGCAGCCGGGGACCGACUCGCCGACAUCGCGGAGACGCCGCUUCCCCGGCCCGGGCCUCAACCGAGCCGGCUCGACCAUGGCAGCCGCCGCCGCGGCGAAUCCGGCCCCUGCGCUCCCCGCCCGUCGCUGAGCGGCCGUUAACCACCGCCGGUGCCGCAGCGGCGCAGGCUCCGGACAAGUUUCCGCCGCCGGAGGCGAAGGCAGGGAGGACGGACGUGGGGAGUCGGGCGCCCCCGGCCCACUUGGCGCUCUCGCCCGCGAUGUGGGGGCGCUUCCUGGCCCCGGAGGCCGGCGGCCGGGACAGCCCUGGCGGAGCCCGCAGCUUCCCGGCGGGCCCAGAUUAUUCUUCAUCAGCAUGGUUACCUGGUAAUGAAUCAUUGUGGCAGGCCACAACUGUUCCAUCUAACCAACGAAAUAACCAUAUCAGGAGACAUAGUAUAGCUUCUGACAGCGGUGACACUGGCAUUGGAACUUCCUGUUCUGACAGUGUGGAAGAUCAUUCAACUUCAAGUGGCACAUUAUCUUUUAAGCCUAGUCGAUCAUUGGUUACUCUUCCUACUGCCCAUGUCAUGCCAUCUAACUCCAGCACUUCAGUUUCCAAACACAGGGAAUCAUUGACACCAGAUGGCUCAAAAUGGAGUAUAAGCCUUAUGCAAACAUUGGGAAACCACAGUAGGGGGGAGCAGGACUCUUCAUUAGACAUGAAGGACUUCCGGCCUCUCCGGAAAUGGUCAUCUUUAUCCAAACUCACUGUCCCAGGUAACUGCAGCCAGGGUGGCAUUGUGCACACGGAAGAGUCAAGGAGAGGUUUAGAAAAGACAGGGAGAGACAAGGCUUUAACAUCACAACUAAGGACAAUUGGACCUAGCUGUUUACAUGACAGUAUGGAGAUGCUUAAGCUAGAGGACAAGGAAAUAAAUAAAAAACGACCAUCAACUCUGGACAACAAAUAUAAAUUUGAGAGCUGCAGCAAAGAGGACUUCAGAGCUUCUUCCUCCAUUCCUAGGAGACAGGCCUUAGACAUGACAUAUAGUGCCUUACCUGAAAGCAAGCCCAUUAUGACAAGCUCAGAGGCUUUUGAACCACUGAAAUAUUUAAUGCUUGGUCAACAAGCAGUAGGUGGAGUUCCCAUUCAGCCUUCUGUGAGGACGCAAAUGUGGCUUACUGAGCAGUUGCGGACAAACCCUUUGGAAGGUAGAACUACAGAGGACUCUCACAGUUUAGCUCCUUGGCAGCAGCAGCAAAUUGAAGGGUUUCGACAAGAAAGUGAAACACCAAUGCAGGUUUUGACUGGAUCAUCUCGUCAAAGUUAUUCACCUCCUGGCUAUCAAGAUUUCAGUAAGUGGGAAUCAGUGCUGAAAAUAAAAGAAGGACUACUAAGGCAGAAAGAAAUUGUAAUUGAUCGGCAGAAGAAACAAAUUACCCACUUGCAUGAAAGAAUAAGGGAUAAUGAAUUACGAGCACAACAUGCCAUGUUAGGACAUUACGUAAAUUGUGAGGAUUCUUAUGUGGCUAGUUUGCAGCCACAAUAUGAGAAUACUUCCCUCCAGACUCCAUUUUCAGACCAGUCAAAAUCCCAUUCCCAGCAAGAGGAACUUGAGCAAAAGCUUGCAUCUACUGAGAAAGAGGUUUUACAGCUCAAUCAGUUUCUAAAACAAAGAAUGAGCCAAUUUAGUGAAGAGAAGAAGAAACUGGAAGAAAAGCUUAAAACCAGAGAUAGAUACAUCAGUAGCCUGAAAAAGAAAUGCCAGAAGGAAUCUGAACAGAAUAAAGAAAAGCAGAGAAGAAUUGAGACCUUAGAAAAGUAUCUGGCUGAUCUUCCAACUCUUGAUGAUGUACAGAGUCAGAGUCUACAGCUGCAAGUUCUAGAAGAAAAAAACAAGAAUUUGCAAGAGACUUUGAUGGAAAUGGAAAAAAGGCUUGAAGAGUUCAAAAAACAGUGUCAGGAAAAUGAGGCACAGCUAAUAUGCCAGAAAAAGAAAGAAAAGGACUUGGUAACUACAGUUCAGAGUCUGCAGCAAAAAGUAGAAAGAUGCCUUGAAGAUGGAAUUCGCCUUCCCAUGUUAGAUGCAAAACAGCUUCAGAAUGAAAAUGAUAACCUGAGAGAACAAAAUGAGAAUGCUAGUAAGAUAAUAGACAGCCAACAAGAUGAGAUUGACAGAAUGAUUUUAGAAAUUCAGUCUAUGCAAGGGAAGCUUUCUAAAGAAAAACUGACUACUCAAAAGAUGAUGGAAGAGCUGGAAAAGAAAGAAAGAAACCUUCAGAGAUUAAGAACAUUGCUUGAUAACCAAAGACAAACAGAAGAGACCUGCUGUUUAUUGGAUCAGGGCCAGGAAGUAGACCAAUCCAGGCAGCAGACCAUUCUUUCCAAAAGGCCACUAUUUGAUUUGAGUGUGAUUGAUCAGCUGUUCAAGGAAAUGUCCUAUUGUUUGUUUGACUUGAAGGCAUUGUGUAGUAUUCUUAAUCAGCGUGCUCAGGGCAAAGAGCCUAAUCUUUCAUUAUUACUGGGAAUCAGAUCAAUGAACUGUUCAGCGGAAGAGACUGAGAAUGACCACAGCCCAGAAACACUCACUAAAAAACUGUCAGAUGUAUGCCAGUUACGGAGGGACAUAGAUGAAUUGCGGACCACGAUAUCAGACCGCUAUGCUCAGGACAUGGGAGACAACUGUGUAACCCAGUGACCAGUGUUGGUCCCACAGCAAUAACGACCCACUGUUACAUGCUGCUGUGCUAGGUUCUUCACAUUUCUUUUCAGGAGCCAUGAUAGAAACUUGCAAGUGACAUACGACUUGCACGUAAGUUUUUUUUUCUGUGGAUUUGUUCUGUUGGGGAGGAAUUGGGAUGUGAGGAAGUAUCGAAGGGGCUUAUCUAAUCAGGCAAAAAAAUUAAAUUACCAUUUGAAAAAUAUGAUAAAAUGUAUAAGAAAAAAAUUUCUGUAUUCUCAAACUACUGAUUGUAGGACCAAGCUGUGAAGAGUGCCCUUCAGAUAAAGGUAUAGGAUUUCUUUUAAUCCUGUAGUUGUGUGUGUGUGUGUGUGUGUGUGUUUGUGUGUGUUCACAAAAUUAUAAAGAUUUCUAGGAUCAAAGCAAAGCUUUUAAGAAAGGCACACACUGUAUUCUUGUGCUUCUUUUUCUUUCUUGGAGAAGCCUGUGUUGUACUUGGGGUUUUCAAGGGCUGGCUGAACAAGAGUUCCCACAGCAGGCAAGUGUUCAAAUAGUAGUACAGCAGGCGAAACCAUCUGUGUUUGAACAGUCCCUGUGCUGAGAUGGUGAGGUUGUAGGGUUGCGUUGAUUUUAGUACUGUAGAUAGGUCAGCUGUUUUUCCAGAGUGCUUGUGAAUUGCCUAAGAGAUGUGAAAUAGUGAUGUGAUGGUUUUCCCGUUAGCAUUGUAAUGUAUGUAUUACAAAGCAAUUUAACAUAAUCUGAACUAAUUUUAACAUGGCCCUUACUAUUUACAACUUUUUGUUUAUAUAUUAUAUAUAUCUGUCUAUAUCUAUAUCUAUCUAUAUCUAUCUAUAUCAAUGUAAACAAAACCAUAUAUAAUUAAUGCAAACCUAAGGCCUCAGAUCAUUAUUGUAAAAGAAAGAUUAACAAAGUGACUCUGGAACAAUAGCUUAUUUAUCCAAAUCUCAAAUGUUUACAUUUUAACAGUUCUGUAUCUGUUUUAAAGUUGAAACUACUUUAAGAAAAAAAUCAACCUGUAUUCUUUAUAUCUGAAUUAUCACUAGCAUAAAACAAAAUCUAAGCCCAGGUGAUAUUGCAAUUCCUUUUGUUAGGUAAAGUACAUUAAAAACAGGGUUCUUCAUAGAAUACAGAUUUGGCCAGGUUAGUUCUUCUUCUAGGGUAUAGGAUGUCACUAUGAAAUGCAACUGACUUUUUUGUAGGCAUAUAAUCAUUUAAACUUCCAAAUGAGUAUUUCCCUGUCUUCACUGGUAUUUUGGAAGGACUAUAUAUUUCAUUGCCUCCAGAGCAUUUAAAUGUACGUUCUUUUUAAUGUACUUAGUUAUGGCAGUCAUUGUCCUUUACAAGUUGUUUUGAUUUAUCUCUUGAUGCAACCCCAGGUCUCAUUUAGGUCAAGACUAAAUAACAGAUAGAAGGAAUGAGGGAUGUUAAUCAAGCAGGAGAAUAUUGUUUGAGGCAAGAGCAGAUCACAUGUCUGUUUUCUUGCCGGGCUUAUAUACUGGUAUAAAGGCUGCUCCUAGAAAAAUACGCUCCUAAAUGUUUUCAGCAGUGAAAACAUAUUUGGGAUAAGGCCUUCAAGGAAAUUACCCAGGAAGACCUUCAGUUCAGAAAUUGGCUUAUAUACAGCUCUCAAUAGUUAUUUUAUAGUUAUAUUUCAACAAUCAGUUAUAAUACAUUGUAAGGACAUCAGACUUUCCUUCUGUUCAGUGCCUGAGUCCUCCCUGCCCUUUUAAGUCUUAGGAUCUGGGCACUAAGAAAUCAGUGCAUUGUAG